AUGGCGACAACUGCAAAAAUGUUCGAGGAGCCUUUUGAUGCAGACGAGUACAUUGAAAGGCUGGCAUGGAGGACUCCAGGAGGAGGAUCCAAAGGAGGAGCUGAGGCAUUUGACCCCAAAAGGCUGCUGGAGGAGUUUGAGAACCACAUUGAGGAGCUGAAGCAACUGGAUGAGAAGAUCCAACGCCGAGUGGAGAAGCUUGAGCAUCAGUGUCAGCGUGAGGCCAAGGAAUUUGCACACAAAGUACAAGACUUGCAGAGGAGCAAUCAGGUAGCCUUUCAGCAUUUCCAAGAGCUUGACGUGCACAUCAGCUAUGUGGCCACCAAGGUGUGUCACCUUGGUGACCAGCUGGAAGGGGUGAACACACCUCGACAGAGGGCAGUGGAAGCUCAGCGUCUCAUGACCUACUUCAAUGAAUUCUUGGACGGAGAGCUUCGUAGUGAUGUCUUCAACAACCCCGACAAGAUUAAGGAGGCUGCUGAUAUCAUUCAGAAGCUGCAUCUCAUCGCCCAGGAGCUGCCGUUCGACAGAUUUGCAGAUGUCAAGGCAAAGAUUGCAAGUAAGUACCAUGACCUAGAGCGACAGUUAAUCCAGGAGUUCACUGCCGCCCAGCGCAGGGGUGAGAUUGGACGCAUGCGAGAGGUCGCCGCAGUUCUGUUACAUUUCAAGGGCUAUGCACACUGUGUGGAUGUCUACAUCAAACAGUGUCAGGAAGGGGCCUAUGUGAGGAACGAUGUGUUUGAGGACACUGCAGUCCUCUGCCAGAGGGUCAACAAGCAGGUGGGAGAGGUCUUCAGCAGCCCAGAGGCUGUUAUGGCCAAACUCAUCCAGAACAUCUUUGAGAACAAAUUACAGGCCCAUGUUAGAGAGAAACUGGAUGAGACCCGACACUCUGAUGUGGAACAAUACCUCAAGAACCUCUAUGACCUUUACACCAAGACCACGGCGUUGGCUGCCAAGCUGUCAGAGUUCAACUUGGGCUCAGAUAAGCACACCUUCCUGUCCAAGCUGAUCAAGAACAUUUUCUCCUCCUACUUGGAAAGUUACAUUGACAUGGAGAGGGAAUACCUUCACACUCGUAGCGCUGUAAUCCUGCAGCGCUACUAUGACUCCAAGAACCACCAGAAACGCCCGAUUGGCACUGGCAGUAUCCAGGAGCUGAAGGAGCGAAUUAGGCAGCGCACCAACCUGCCCCUGGGCCCCAGCAUCGACACCCACGGGGAGACUUUCCUCUCCCAAGAGGUGGUGGUCAACCUGCUGCAGGAGACGCGCCAUGCCUUCGAGAGAUGUCACAGGCUCUCAGAUCCUUCUGAUCUGCCCAAGAACGCCUUCUCUAUCUUCCUGCUGUUGGUUGAGCACCUUUGUGUGGAUCACAUCGACUAUGCCCUAGAAAUUGGCCUCUCAGCUAUCCCCUCAGCAGAUGCUAAGAAUGCCAACCUGUACUUCCUGGAUGUGGUCCAACAGGCUAACACUAUCUUCCACUUGUUUGACAAGCAGUUCAAUGACCACCUCAUGCCUCUCAUAAGCUCAUCUCCAAAGUUGACAGAGUGCCUGCACAAGAAGAAAGAGGUAAUUGAACAGAUGGAAGUGAAACUGGACACAGGAAUUGACAGAACACUAAACUGCAUGGUGGGGCAAAUGAAGCACAUCCUGGCCACGGAGCAGAAGAAGACUGACUUCAGGCCCGAGGAUGAAAACAAUGUCAUGAUCCAGUACACCACAGCGUGCUCCAAGGUGUGUGCCUACGUGAGUCGGCAGGUGGAGCGCGUGCGGAAGUCGAUGGACGGGAAGAACGUGGACACAGUGCUGACAGAGCUGGGCGUUCGUUUCCAUCGGCUCAUCCACGAGCACCUACAGCAGUACAGCUACAGCUCUAUGGGAGGCAUGCUGGCCAUCUGCGACGUGGCCGAGUAUCGACGCUGCGCCAAGGACUUCAGGGUCCCUCUGGUGCUGCAGCUCUUCGACACUCUCCACGCCCUCUGUAACCUCCUGGUGGUUGCCCCUGACAACCUGAAGCAGGUCUGCUCAGGAGAGCAGCUGACCAGCCUGGACCGCAACCUUCUGCACGCCUUUGUCCAGCUCAGAGUGGACUACCGCUCCGCCAGAUUGGGCCGGCACUUCAGUUAAUGACUGAAUCAAUGACUCGCUGCCCUCCGUCCAAUCACACCAUUGCCCCAUGCUUUGAUGAGAUGAUGCACCUUGGAGACGCUCACCCCUGCUUCAGAGAAUGCGUCUUUCAUAGUAGACGGUCUGUCUGGCCCCAGACUGUCUGUCUGCACACAUGGGAUAUGUGCAUUUUACCUUUUGUUUUUCCAACCUGAUGAAGCUCAAAUAUCUAUCGAUUCAGGUUUUUUUGUUUUGUUUUUAAAUACUAGUUCAUCACCAAUUCACCUGGUUAAAAUUUCUGACAUCAUCAGUAAAUGGACAACAUUCACCUGUGCUUUUGACUGUAACAAACAAAAAAUGUGAUGUUUUGUUUUUUGUUUUUUUUGUUUUUGAUUGUGCCAAAUACAUAAAUUCCAUGGCUGCACUUGUGCACAGGAACAGACCGUGAAGCUGCUGUAAAGGGAAAGUUAGACUGUUAAUUUAGGCAUGCAGUCGUACAAUGUUCUGGGAAUGUCUACUCCAUAUGAGGAGGUACACCACUUAAGUUAGACAUUGCGCCCAAGCACGAGAUAGAGCUGUGUCUCGCCAAGAGGGACACAUGACCACCUCUCUAACCCUUAACCUCUGACCACAGAGCAGAGGUCAAGAGGUCGUUACAGAGAAGUGUGAGCUGAGCUAUAAGCAGGUCUGAGAACCACUCCUGAGAUUUGGGUGGUCCCGCUUAGGCUCAGAUGACUGAUGUGAUGGGUCAGUGAGUAUCUGUCACUGUAAUUGCACAGAUCAACACCUGCUCAUCCAGUGAUGCUUGGGCUCUUAUGGUCUCCAUUGUCGACUGGAUCAGCAGCAUUUGUGGGUCAGGGCACGCCGAAAAGUUGGCCUCUGCUGAUUAAGGAAACAAACUUAAAGGGAUUUCUGCACACAGGUCUUAAUGGAGAUUCAAAAUCAGUCUUCUCCGCUAAACAAGGAGAGUAGUCAUAUUCCUGAUGCCUGAAGCUGUCUGCUGCUCAAAGCUGUUCCCACUGUACUGCUGUUUACCUUGUUCAGUGACUCAUUAAAAAGAUGUUGCAUUUUA